GACAGCAGGUAGAGGAGAUAACGAAAAGGCGUCGGAUGGCGUGGGUUUCAGCUGUGAGGCGCAAAAACAUCACUUUCGCAAAGAUAUCUCCAUUCAUGUAUGUUUGCUCCCGACACUUUCAUAAAGGUCAGCCUGCAUACGAGAUGUUGGAGACUGACCCAGACUGGGCACCAUCGCUACAUCUGGGCCACGAUGACAUUAAACAAACAGAUACUUCACGCUCUGCAAGACGAAGUAAUCGAGAGCAGUUAAGAAAAAGCGAACUGAAGCCAGUUCAGACAAGAUCCAACAACGCUGGAGAAAGUGAUUACAUUAUUGAAGGGCUGACACAAGAGGCCAGAGAAGGUGAUCACCUUAUUAGGGAGGAGACACACAAGGCUGGAGAAGGUGAUUACAUUGUUGUGGGGUUGACAUACAAGGCUGGACAAAGUGAUCACCUUUUUAUGCAGGAGACACACGAGGCUGGACAAAGCGAUCACUUUAUUAGGGAGGAGACACACGAGGCCGGACUAAGUGUUUGCCUUAUUAAGGAGGAGACACAAGAGGUUGGAGAAAGUGAUUACUUUAUUAAGGUGGAGGAGACACAGGAGGUUGGAGAAAGUGAUUACUUUAUUAAGGUGGAGGAAACACAGGAGGUUGGAGAAAGUGAUUACUUUAUUAAGGUGGAGGAGACACACGAGGUUGGAGAAAGUGAUCACCUUAUUAAGGAGGAGACAAACGUGGUUGGAGAAAGUGAUCACCUUAUUAAGGAGGAGACACAAGAGGUUAAAGGAUGUGAUCAUCUUAAUAAAAAGGAGACACAAGAGGUUGGAGAAAGUGAUCACCUUAUUAAGGAGGAGACAAACGUGGUUGGAGAAAGUGAUCACCUUAUUAAGGAGGAGACAAACGUGGUUGGAGAAAGUGAUCACCUUAUUAAGGAGGAGACACAAGAGGUUAAAGGAUGUGAUCAUCUUAAUAAAAAGGAGACACAAGAGGUUGGAGGAUGUGAUCACCUUAUUAAAGAGGAGACACAAAAGGUUAAAGGAUGUGAUCAUCUUAAUAAAAAGGAGACACAAGAGGUUGGAGGAUGUGAUCACCUUAUUAAAGAGGAGACACAAAAGGCUGGAGAGUAUGAUCACCUUAUUAAAACGGAGACACACGAGGCUGGAGAACGUGACCAGGUAGAAACUGAGGAGAGGACACAGACUGAAUGUAACUUGUGUGCUCUCAGGUGUGCAGAAAUAAACCGCCUGUUGGAAGUAAACCGAGAGCUGCAGCGUGAACUAGAUCAGUACAGAGAUGGUACAGAUCAGUACAGAUGAUAAACUAAAUCAGAAUCAGACUUUAUUGGCCAAGUAUGCUCACACAUACAAGGAAUUUGACUUUGG